AAAACAGCAAGCGCGAUGGCUUGGACGUCAUUCCGAGAUUCGCCGAGACCUCAUGGCCGUCCGAGUCCUCGCCGCAGUGGCCAUCGCUGCCGCCAGCGUGCAUGGGCAGAGCUGGCCGCCCGCGAACCAGUGCUCGGCCACGGGCUUUGCCUCGUGGACAGCGCAGUGCCCGAGCCUUCUGGCGACGAACGCACCGACCAAGGUGACGCAGCCGCAGACAGGCAGCCUCAAAGCGACGAACCUCUCGACGCUCGACACGCUUGACCAAGCGCGCGUCGUGCUGCAGGGCCGGUCGGCCGUGCAGGCUAUGGACGGCCUCCGGUCCGAGUCCGCCGCCUGGUACAAUACGUCGCUCACCAACAUGAUGAUCGCGUUCUGCCACCUCACAUCGACGGCGGCCGACCUGACGCGCUGCGUGGCCAACACGAGCACGAAUGCGGCGCGCGACCGCAACAACGCCUGUAUCGUCGUCCCGGGCAAUGGCUCGUGCGCCGCGCUCCCGGGACAGUGCGAGCGCCUCGCCAACUGCCUCUGGCCCACGCCCAACCCCAACAUUAGCCCGCGCCAGCCCCGGUACACGCAAGCUCAGAUCGAUACGGCGCUGGGCUGGGUCCAACAAACGUACGCCGAGUCGCUCGUGCCGUACGCUGCACCAGGGAUCACGCUGGCGGUGCUGACCUUUUUGGGCUUUCUGGCGUUCUUCGUGCUGCGCUGCGUGUGCAACAAGUGCGGCGGCCGGGACCCGAUCGAGCGAGGCUACACGUGGUGCGCGGUCUUGAUCCCGGGCAUUAGCUUCUUCCUCUUUUCGCUCGCCAUCUUCAUCUGCAGCGUCGCCGCGUAUAUUCAAAACAACAGCGUCACGGCGCGGAUGCACGAUCUGUUUGCAUCGCUCAACGAAGUACUCGCCAACGCGCAGGUCUACGCCAAGAACCUCCUCGCACCGCUCAACGCGAUCGAAGCCAGCCAGGCGGCGACCGUCUCGGCUAUGAAAUCGGCGCUCGGCAACACCGACUGGAUCGUCGCGGGUGCCAAGGCCCUUCAGACCAUGGGCGCGGCCAUCGACUCGACCUACUCAAGUGCGUUUCCGACAACGUGUGUGAACAAGGACAGCGUGUGCCUCCAGUGUCCGGUGGCUCUCUGCGGCGGCGCGACGACCCAAGCGCGUACGAUUACGGCUGCGAUCGCAACGACCGCGUCGCAGCUCGAUACGACCUUCCAGCUCGCGCGCACCACCAUGUACGACGGAUCGGCGACUCUCUUCAACGCGAUCAACACGGCGCAGUUCAACCUCGACGUCCUUGCCGCUGCGACCAACAACUCGAACGCGGCCGUGAGCACCGUGCAGACGUCGUUUGACGAGAUCUCGUACGGCCGGUCGGGCCUUGUGCUAUGCAUCUUUAUCCUCGGGCUCUUCGUGUCGCUCCUCGGCAUGCUUGGCUUUGCGCGUGGCGUGUGCAAAAACAACUCCAAGAUGGUCCACCUCUUGCAUGUGAGCUGGAUCCUCGGUGUCCUUCUCUGCAUCAUCAGCUUUGUCGUUGCCUCGCUCUUGAUUGCAGUCUCGGCGCUCUGGUACGACGGCUGCAAGUACCUCGACAUGAUUGUCAACAACAUGGCCCCGUACUUUUCGGCAGAAACUUCAGGCAUCCUCACGUCAUGCAUCCAAGGUACUUGUGCCAUCGAAGGAUGGAAUAUGAAAGGACAAUGUAGGUACAAGCACGCUCGCCGCGCUGCAAAUGACGCCGGCGUGGCGCCGCUCACGGCCUUCCAGCAGCUCCAGAGCAACCCGAUUACGGUCUACAGCCUCGGAGACUUUGGCUACUCGGCGGACAUCCAAGCGACGCUGCUCUCGGCGGCCGUGCGCGACAUGCCGCCGCAAAAAGUAACGGCAUCGAAGGUUGAACAGCUCGAGACGCCGUGGGACCUCUACGAGUCGACGCUCGCGAGUUCGGGCUGCAAGGACCCGUCGCUGUGCUUUAUGCAGAAAAAGUGUAACCCAGGCUCGGCGUGCCUGGUCUCGUUCCAGGAUGCGCGCGUGUACGCCAAAGCCGCUGCCAAGAUCCAGAGCACCUUGUACAUGAUGAACCAAGACUACCAGGGCAACACCAACUACAACAACUCCAAGGGCUGGCCGGGCGGCAGUCAGAGUCUUCUGAACGCGGGCCUGACGUAUGCGACCAAGCUCAAUGCGUUCGUGACGACGCAGCUGCCGCCAUUGACCAAGCUCAGUGUGUGGAGUCAAAUCAACGCUGUCGAGUGUACGAGUGACGCAGGCUGCUCGUGGAUCAACCAAGAGUAUGCGAUCGUGCAUGACUUGCUGUGCCAGGAUCUGCUUGGGCUCUGCCUCAACAUUGCCCUCUGCGUCUUCCUCGUCGCGCUCUUCCUACUACCGCUGGCCGUGUGUGGCAUUCUCUUGCAGAAGCGCCUCCGAGGCAUCCGCGGCGGUACCUACGGCAACAUGGAGCAGCCCGAAGCGCCCGCCCCCGGCGUGCAGCUCACGCCCAAGCAGAAGCUGCAGGCCAAGCUCGAUGCGUUGACCAAGGGUCCGCCGACGGUGUAG